AUGGGACCGUUUCGGGUGCGGGGUUCGGGCAGGGGUACAGGGGUACAGGCAGGGUCGGUGCUUCAUGCAGACCGGCCUGGGGAGCUGGCGGAGGACUUAGCUAAACGCCUGGAGAUGGCCAAUACCUUUGGUCCAUGGUGGAAGGCAAUGUUCUCGGUGCCCAACAGCACCGCGGAGGUGUGGAGCAGUGAAGCAGCAUGGCUGGAGCUGGAGCCGUCACCCUGCAUGGUCAGCAUCAUCCCCAUCGUGUAUUACAGUGUCCUGCUGGGGCUGGGGCUGCCAGUGAACAUCCUGACUGCCGUGGCCAUGUUCCGCCUGGCCACAAGGACCAAGAACUCAUUGUACUGGUACCUGCUGGCCCUGACCGCCUCCGACAUCCUCACCCAGGUCUUCAUUAUCUUUAUGGGCUUCAUCCUGCAGACAGCCAUCCUGGCGUGGUCUGUGCCCAGCGCCCUCAUCCACACCAUCAAUGUCCUGGAGUUCACUGCCAACCACGCUUCCACAUGGAUCACAGUCCUGCUGUCCAUGGACCGCUACAUGGCCCUGUGCCACCCGCUGCGGUACCGCACCAUCUCCUACCUGCAGCGCACCCACAAGGUCAUCGUAGCCGUGUUCAUUGUGGCCCUGGCCACGGCCAUCCCCUUCUACUGGUGGUUGGACAUGUGGCGUGAUGCCGACCCCCCCACCGCGCUGGACACGGCGCUCAAGUGGGUGCACUGCAUCACCGUCUACUUCGUGCCCUCCGGCAUCUUCCUGGCCACCAACCCCAUCAUCAUCUGCAGGCUGCGGCAGUGGAGGUGCUCGGGGGGCGGCCGGACCCACCUGAGCAGGACCACAGCCCUCCUGCUGGCUGAGACCACCGCGGUCACCGUGCUCUGGGCUCCGACCAUCGUCAUGCUCUGCCACCUCUACGUGGCCUCGGUCAAGCGGGACUGGCAUGUGCACUUGGCCUUGGACAUCACCAACAUGGUGGCCAUGCUCAACACCGCCCUCAACUUCUUCCUCUACUACUGUGUGAGUCAGACCUUCCCCCGCACGGUGAGUGUGGUGCUCCAGGCUCACUGCCGGCACAGCCACCGGCACGGCACAGCCGCUUCCCACAGCCAGCACUGA